AUUUAGAACACUCAGUAUCCCCCUUCUGAAAUUGGACUUGAUAAGAUGCUUUAAGGUUCAUCAUGGGAGGAUCAGAAUCGCUGCCUCAGGUUUCACUAACCACUGAUCGGGUAGUUCUAGUCACCGGCGGAAAUACGGGUAUUGGAUAUGAAACAGCCAAAUGGAUAGCCAUGAUGGGGGCAAGAGUAAUCAUCGCCUGCAGAUCUGAAGAACGUGCACAGAGAGCUAUUGAGAAAAUGCAGAAAGAGUUUAGAGAAGAGAAGACCAAAGGUACGCCUGGACUUUGUUCUAGUGAGACUCUGGCUGUGGAAUUCAUGGCUCUAGACCUUGCAUCGCUCAAAUCUGUGGAAAGCUUCAUAAACAACUUUAAAGAAAAGGAAAACAAAUUGCACCUGUUAAUUUGCAAUGCAGGAAUUGCUCUACAUGAGCAAGAGUACACGGAAGAUGGCUAUGAAAUCAUGUUUCAGGUUAAUUACCUGGGACACUUUCUGUUGAUUUCCAAAUUGCUACCUGUAAUGCUGGGCUCAGGUGACGACUGUCGCCUUGUUUUAGUGUCCAGUGAGGCACACCGAGCUGCUAGCUUUGAUUUGGAGAAAGCACAAGGAAAGCAUCACACAAAGGAAAACUUCAAGAGACUGUUGUAUUACGGAAAUUCUAAGCUUUACCAGAUCAUGCAGAUGUAUUCUUUAAACCGAAGACUACAGAAUACCAAUGUGACGGUCAACUGUAUACAUCCAGGUAUUGUUGAAACAGAAAUCAGCAGGAGUUUUACAGAAUUACAGCUCUGGAGAGUGUUCUUUCAGUUAUCAAAAGCAGUUGGUAAGACAAAAACUCCAUUCGAAGGCGCUAAAACAUUAAUCACCGCAGCAAUCAACCCAAAAUUCAAAGACACGAGAGAUGCAUAUUUUAUUGACAUGAAAAUAACUCAAGCAAACAGUCUGGCAAGAGACCAGCAGAAGCAAGAGGCCCUUUGGAAGUACUCGAUAGAUUGUCUGAAAGGUUUUCUGAAGAAAGAAGACAUGGAAUAUUUAGAAAAAGAUUAACUUUUGUUUCUUUGGUUUUAUUUUGUCUCAUAUAUCUUAUCGUAAAUUUACUCUUCAUUAGUAAACGUAAAUGCACUUCACAUUAGAAAUGACCAUGACGAAGAUUACAUUGCAUUAUUGUAUGUCCUGUCAUCUCUUACAAAUAUAUGUGUUUUUAAGGUUAUUUAUCAUCAUAAUGAUAUUUGAGCAAAAUGAUGCAAAUGAUUUUUAUACAUAUCAGAUAGAAGACUAUGAUUUAGAACAAUGCUUAAUCAAUACUGUGUAUGGACAAAUCUAUUGCUCCAAUAGUUUUAUGGUUGUUUUAAUGUUUUAUCAAAUAUAUGUAUAUUUAGAUAGCGUAAAUUGUCUAAGAAUAAAAA